AGAGAAAAAUGUUACAGUCACCAAAAGUGGGGAGAUUGAAAUUGAAUGAGGCGAGACCUGAAACGUGUCCCGUGCUAGAAGAGAAGGGGCCGGAUAGACGCCCACGUGUCGAGGCUAGAACGAUGCGGGGCCGACUAUGGGCCCCACCCUCGAAAGCGAGGUUUCCAGCAGUGCGCUGGUCGCCCCCUAUUGGUCCACGUUCUCCGGCGCUUAAAGCAGCGGUGGUACACGCGUUGAGCUGGAGCGGACGGGUGGAACGUCGCAACAAACAUCAACGGCGCUCAUUCACUCUCCAUUUAGGCGCGCCCCCAUCUCCGCCGUUUCCUACCUAUUCUCCUAUAUGCACCAUAAUAAUGGAGUAAUUCUUAUAAUUUCUUUUCCCUUUUUCUUUUCCUUCUGCAUUUUCCUGCUUUCUCCAACAACUGAUCAACUGAAAAAGUAGCAUUCAUUGUCGCUUUCACUUCCUCCGUACUUUCCUCUUAAUUGUUUCUUCCCAUUUUAUGCUCUCUUCUGCCGAUCACUCAUCGCCUUGAAGGUGGAUGGUGGUGGUGGAUGGCGGAGAUCUGUUGCGGCUUGCUGAGCAAGACCGAGGCUUCGUGCGAGAGCAGCAGCAGAGCGGCGAGGAGACGGAGGAUGGAGUUCCGCCGCGUCAGGGUGGAUCCCGCCGUGAAGCGUCGUCGUAUGGAGCUUUGUUCCCCUAGAGAUUGCGACAACGCUUUUGAUAAUUGCGGUGCCGAUAGUGAUGGAGCGGCGCAACUCAGUUUGAGCUCGGAUAAAGGGAAACAGUUGCCGCCGAUCCUUUUGACUCCAAUUCUGAAUCCGCUGCUGUCGUCUGCCGCCGCUCUCGCCAGCGGCAGCGGCAAUACCAAGGAUUUUCUCCCUAAAUUCGGUUUUGCCUCCGUUUGUGGACGGCGGAGGGACAUGGAGGAUGCUGUCGCGAGUCAUCUUUCGUUUUGCCGGAGAGAACACGAUUUCGCCGCCGACGAAGACGCCGCCGGUCUCCACUACUUCGGCGUCUACGACGGUCACGGAUGCUCUCACGUUGCUACGAAAUGUAAAGAGAGAUUGCACGAGAUGGUGAAGGAGGAGUUGCUUCUGGACGACGUCGGAGAAGCCCGAAACAGUAGCAACUGGUGGAAGUGCGUGAUGGAGCGAAGCUUCACGCGCAUGGACAAAGAAGUGGUUGCAUGGAACGAAAAUGUAGUCGACGACACGACAGUGAGCUGCCGCUGCGAGCUGCAGACUCCGGAGUGCGACGCCGUGGGAUCCACUGCGGUGGUAGCUGUGGUCAGUCCGUACAAUAUAGUCGUCGCCAAUUGCGGCGAUUCGAGGGCGGUGCUGUGCCGAAGCGGCAAGGCGAUUCCUCUGUCCACCGACCACAAGCCGGACCGGCCGGACGAGAUGAACCGGAUACAGGCCGCCGGCGGCCGAGUCAUCUUCUGGGAGGGUGCUCGGGUUCUUGGAGUUCUUGCCAUGUCCAGGGCCAUUGGCGAUAAUUAUUUGAAGCCAUACGUAAGCUGCGAACCGGAGGUGACGGUGACGGAGCGGAGCGAAGAGGACGAGUGCUUGAUAUUAGCUAGCGAUGGGCUGUGGGAUGUGGUGUCCAACGACACGGCGUGCGGUGUGGCGAGAAUGUGCCUCAAGGGCAAGGCCAAGGGCAUGGAGCCUUCGUCUUCGUCUUCGGUGGACGACGACGGCGGCGACAAGGCGUGCAGUGACGCAUCGAUGCUGCUCACCAAGCUGGCUCUCGCACGCCGGAGUGCAGACAACGUUAGUGUACUCGUUAUUGAUCUCAGGAGGCCCACCUGAUCGAUCUUCUAUUUCUAUUUUCUCAUUUUAGAACAAGACUCCCUCCCUCACCUUUAUUCUCGUCUACAAGAUGGAGUUGGUUUGAUUGUAAUUGUUCAACUCACACUACGAGGAUGGGUUAGUUUCUUUUUCUUUUGUUUUUUUUUUUCAGUCACUGUAUGUGGAGUGCGCAGCCACCUUUUAAUGCCAAUUUCGUACUUAUUUCAAGUUUCA